UGGAAAAGCGUACAUUUUGUACGCUCGUGAAAAUGCCGAGAAAUGUGGACAACCCCUAACAUCUGUUUCAGGUUCUUUUUUGUACAUGGAGGCAAGCAAUGUGGCCACUGGAUCCAGAGCAUGGUUGGAAAGCCGUCCGUUCCCUGCUCUUACUCACGGCCAACUCUCUUUCUGGUAUCAUAUGUACGAAGGUGGAUCUCACGGCUGUAUGGGAACGUUGGCUGUCUACUUUGUCUCUACUGCUAAUAAUACUAACGAAUCUUGGUUGGCUCCAGGAAGCGAAAUGGUGUUGGGUAGUCAAGGCGCCACAUGGAAACAAAUGGAAAUAGACUUAUUUAGCAUGGAGGAAUUCAUCGUGAGAAUUGAGGCAGUGAGAGGAAAGUGCUACCGGUCAGAUAUCGCCAUUGACAAUAUCUCAUAUCCAUCAAAUUGUGGAAGCUCAGAAACGAUCGUGGAUGGAGCCUGGAGUCAAUGGUCGUCCUGGUCCUCUUGCUCAGUCACCUGUGGAAUCGGACAGAAAAUUUCCACUCGCACAUGCGACAACUCAGCUCCACUAAAUGGCAGCAAACUCUGCACCACCAAUGACUCCAAACCUACAAAACACAAACAAUGCAACCCUAAACCCUGCAUCCUUCUUGCUUGCAAUUUCAACCAAACGUGCAAUGACCUGUUCUCCCCCCAUGUUGCUAACGGUUUUUUCAACGAGCUGGACAGUCGCCUGGACGACUAUAAUUGGUACCGACGCCGAGGACCGACACCGACGCAUGGAACUGGACCAACAAACGACCACACAAACACAAACUUUUCCGGUUUCUACGUCUACUUCGAGUCUUCACAUUCAGUAGGCAACUAUAGGCACCCGGGACAGAACGCUCGACUAAUUUCGAGCAAACUCAAACAUACAAGUGGCAAACAGACAAGUGGCACACACUUGUGUAUGACAUUCUAUUACCACAUGUAUUCCCUCGAUCCGAAUCCGCUGGGAAUGGGCAAGCUUAAUGUUCUUGUAAAGACGUAUGAGGUUACUGGUGAGGGACGGAUGUGGAAGUCGGAAGAAACAGUGUGGAGUAGAAGUGGGAAUCAAGGGUGGGAGUGGCUGCUGGGUGCCAUUCAGAUACCCUUCAAUGUCACGUUUCGUGUCAUAUUCGAGGCUGUGAGAGGAGAGAGCACGUUAAGCCAGUCCGACAUCGCACUCGACGACAUCACAAUCGGUGUGGACUGCGCCGGUCUGCCUCUCAAGCCAUGCCUCCAUCCCGGCACACCAAAUCAUGCAACCACCAUCGACUCACACUGGCUCAUCCAUCCAGCAAACAGCCGCAUUCAUUUCCGUUGCCUUCCCGGAUAUCACCCGUCCCAACGAGGAUCCCUAGUCCGCACAUGCGUUAACGGCCAGUGGACUGACACUCAGAUAACAUGCUACAAACCCAAUUGCCUCGGUCAUCCUGAAGGCGCACGCCUACAGGACGCAUGUGACCGUCUUUGCAUCUGCAUUGGCAAUCACCUCAGCAAUUGUCGUCGCAUCAGGGGGGAGAUCACCAGCAUGGAGUCGAGCGAGAGAGAGCGAUAUGUGAAGACACUCAAGGAGUUUUCUCGGACGCAAGCCUAUCAGGAUCUCAUCGCACUGCAUGGUCGCAUUUACGACGAGGGCAUACACACAAAGAUGUAUUUCUUACCAUGGCAUCGAUAUUACCUAUUGACAAUGGAAAACCAUCUGAGACACAUCGACUGUCGUGUGACGAUACCGUAUUGGGAUUGGAGUGCUGUAGCUUCGAAGCCUUUCGAGUCCUUACUGUGGAGAGACGACGGGUAUUACUUUGGGUCGUCGAGAGGUCACAAGGAGGACAACUAUUGUAUAAGGGAUGGUCCGUUCGAGAAGGGCCAAUGGUUCUGGGUCGAUCAAGACCUCCAUUAUGGGUCACGUGACUUUUCUUGUCUGCGGAGGAGAUCGAAUGCCGCAGCAAAGUUUUACAACAAGUUACAGAUCGCUGAGGUUCUGAAAAGGUCACGUGAUCAUUCGAAUCGUUGGGAGUUGGAGUCUCGGUUUACAGUAUUCGAGGCCGAGGUUCGAGUCAAUAUGCACAUGGGAGUUCACUGUGCGAUCAUGGGGGAUAUGUGUACACACGAGGCGGCGAAUGCGCCCGAGUUCUUCCUCCAUCAUGGUAUGAUUGAUUACAUCUGGACGAGAUAUCAGUCGUUGGAUGUCGAUCACUACGACGUCUACUACAAUACAAGUUUGUCUUUUAUGACGUCAUCGAGUGGCGUUAGUCUCACUGAACGAUAUAGACUUCGUACGACUGAUCUGUUGAAUGUCUCUGAUUUACCAAGAUUGGGAUCGACUGAAGCUGGCGUUGUGUCGGUCGAGUACCAUGCGAUGGAUAGCGUUCUGGACGAGGCUCUCGGUAGUCUCAGUUUGUCCGAAUUGAAAGCUGUGUGUAGUGGUGUUCCAUCCGACUUGCCUGUGUCGACGUGGCGAGCAUUUCGUGUUUCGUUAAGCGAUCGUGCUGCUGCUGUGGCGUUGAUGAGGAGGAUGCAGCAGGCAACGAAUGGUUCGUGUGAGUCUGAGGAAGCGAUGGAGCAACAGGUUGGUAGUCGGUUGGGUUUUGAUUUGAAGAUGGUGGUUAAUCUUUUGCAUCAACAUGGACGUGUUAGCAAAUGAUCAGUAGGCAAUAUUAAUUAAUGUUAUCUUUAAGGGGGAAAUUGGUAUUCCCUUUCUGAG